AUAUCAAUAUUAUAAUAAAUAUUUGGGCUUCAUUGCUCACUGCAGCACAGUCAUUGCCAGUACCUUGGUACGUGUUUGGUGCAUUGAUAUUAUAUUUCGUAUUAUCAAUGGUGUAGUCAGUACUCAGUAGUUCUUUAAUCGAAAUCCCGAGUGUUCGGUUUACCAUAUAUUUUUUUCCAAUCAAAAAAACACUUAAGUACUAUAAAAAUUGCAUCAAAAUUUAUUUUAGAUUGUCAGUUUUCCAAGAUGACGUCCAAAUUACGUUAUUUGUGCUCGAGUUGUGUGCAUUCCAAAUUGUACAUUAGCCAUUUAAAACUGUCUAGAAAUUUGAAGUUUUUGACCCAUGGUCAUCAACUGGAGGACACUGUUCAUCAAAGAAAUUUCCAUUCAUCGACGAGUGCCUGGAAUGUAAACGAUUCAGGGUCAGGAAAUAAUCGUAUUCAUACUGGCAUAGUAUGUCCAAAAUGUAAAAGCGCAGAUUCCCAACUAGAAUUCUUUUUAACUACUAACCGGUUUUUAAGAUGUCAGAAAUGUUUUCAUAUUUUUAAAAUGAUAUCGUCUGACGAAAACAAUUUAAAAGACAUGGCUACAGAUGGGAAAAGUAAACAUAAACCACCGCCUAUACCAAAAGAAAUUUUCGAAAACUUAAAUAAGUAUGUGAUAGGACAAAAGUUGGCGAAGAAAGUACUAUCCGUAGCAGUUUAUAACCACUGUAAACGUAUCCUUCACAAUAUUACUGCACCGCAUAAGCACGAUUUAAUCGAUCAGCGAUAUCUUGAUAAUAUACAGAAUCCAAAAGAACAUUUCUCUGCCAGUCACACAAUCGGAAUGCCACACUUGGAAAACACAAAGACAGACGAAGAAAGUGAUGAAUUUCCUUCUUUGCUUAAAAAUACAAUUUUAGAGAAAAGUAAUAUCAUACUGCUUGGACCUACAGGAUGUGGAAAAACAUUGUUGGCGCAAACUAUUGCGAGACAUUUGGAUGUUCCGUUUGCAAUUUGUGAUUGUACCAAUUUAACACAAGCCGGUUAUGUCGGAGAAGAUAUUGAAAGUGUCAUUGGAAAACUUUUGCAGGCUGCUGAUUAUGAUGUUGAAAAAGCUCAAACAGGAAUUGUUUUUUUGGACGAAAUUGAUAAAAUUGGUGCUGUACCUGGAAUUCAUCAACUGAGGGACGUCGGAGGCGAAGGUGUUCAACAAGGAAUGUUAAAAAUGCUUGAAGGUACAGUUGUUAAUGUACCAGAUAAAAAUAGCCGAAAACUACGGAAUGAAACAAUUUCGGUGGACACCACAAACAUACUAUUUGUCGCCUCUGGUGCAUUUACUGGCCUUCACAGACUAAUAAGUCGUAGAACUAAUAUGAAUAGUCUUGGCUUUGGUUCUGAAGAAAACAGUCAAUCGGUGGGAAGUAGAAGAGCAGCAGCUGAUACUGACCGUAUAGCAUCUGCAUUAGCUGAUCAUACUGACAUUGAAAAAGAAAAUGCCGAAAGAGACGGUUUAUUGAAACAAGUAGAGCCAAGAGAUCUCAUUCAGUUUGGUAUGAUCCCUGAAUUUGUGGGCAGAUUUCCAGUGCUUGUACCUUUUCACUCUUUAAAUCGAAACUUAUUAGUCCAAAUUUUAACAGAACCAAAAAAUAGUACAAUCAAGCAAUUCAAAUUACUAUUUGGCUUGGACAAAGUAGAUUUAACAUUCACCGAAGACGCACUUCGAGCAAUAGCUGCACAAGCGCUGGAAAAAAAUACGGGAGCACGUGGAUUACGAGCUAUAGUGGAGACUAUUCUUUUGGAUCCGAUGUUUGAGAUACCUGGAUCAGAUGUCGUGAGUGUUCACGUUACAGAAGACGCAGUGAAUGGUAAAAACAACCCACAUUGCAUAAGAGGCCGUCCGCUCGAUGAGAGUGAGGCUAAUAUGGAUACCAGAGCGGAAGUCGAAUGAAUAGAUUUAUAAAAAAGAGAAAAAAAACUUGUAAAAUAAAAAACCUGUUUUUCAAAAGGUCUUUAAAAACUAUUAUUAUUUGAUAAAUUAAUAUUAUUAGUUAGUUGGUUUAAUUUAUUCUAUAAUAGGUAUAAUAUUGCUGUCAUUCAUGUGUUGUUGUUAAAAAAAAAAUCAUUAUACAAAUUUAUAGGUUAUACUAUCAUUUUUAAUUCUAUUUGUAAUUUUAUUUGUGAUAUUAAUUUUGACAUAAUUACGUUUCAUGAGCCUAAAUUAUUAUUACACG